CAAAGGAAGCACUUGAAAUAUAAACAGAAGUGGUUGAUUUUUGUACACAAUAGUGAAGAUUUUUCGAUGCCUCAGUUGGAAGAUGUUGAACUUAGAUUCGAUUCCGAUGUUAAACUAGUUUUUUGGUCAACCGAAAGAAUUGUCGGUAUAUACGACGUUUACAACACUGGAUUUAAAAGGAAUGGUUCAUUGGUACAAAGUUAUUACGGUUACUGGAAUAAAAGUACAAAUACGGUGUAUGUUGAUGAUACCAUGGAAAGGUAUCACAAAAAGUCUGUUUUAUCUGGGGUUGUUUUGCAUUCAAGUACUGUUGUUACAAACCCUGAGGCGACAAAAGACUAUAACAAUUAUUUAAUGGAGAGUAAACCAACGGAUUUCAUUUCCAAAUUUAGUUAUCCCAUAUUCAUUAACUUUCAGCAGAUGCACAAUUUCACCAAUAUUCUCUUAGUUCAAGACAAAUGGUUCGGCAAUGAAGUAGCUGGAUUGGAAGAUGGAGUAGCUAAACACCUCCAUGAAGAAAUUAGCGAUCUGUCUAGUGUGGUUGGACUGAUUAAGAAAGACAGAGUGAAGUUUUUCGACUUCGUGAAUCCAAUGUAUCGUUUCGGCACAUCUUUCAUGUUCCGCAAUCGAGGAACCCACGACUUAUGGGAGAACGAGUUCUUGAAGCCAUUCACUACAAAGGUUUGGUUAUCUAUAGUAGUUGUCUUGACGUUGUUGAGUGUAUUCCUGAAGAUCACCAACUGGAUCGAAACCAUUUUGAUGAAAGCCAAUGGUUCUUAUUCGUUUUUCACUGCUAUUUUGAUAACGGUGUCGGUGAUAUGCCAACAAGGAUCUUAUAUAACCCCUUCAAGGCUGACCAGCAGAUUCCUCUUCUUCAUGAUUUUGAUCCUGUCUUUUCUUCUCUACAACUACUACACUUCAAGUAUUGUCUCAGCUCUUCUCAACGCAAAACCGCGAGAACCAACAUCGUAUAAGGAUUUGAUAAGGAGCGGAUUGGAACUCGGCAUACAGAUGGCGCCCUACACCUUUACCAUUUUCGAGACCAAUAUGAAUCCCGAUAUUCAAGCUAUUAGGAAGUUGGUUUUUCCGGAUAGGGGAAAACCUCACGUAUGGAACGUAACAGAUGGUAUCGAGAAAAUUAGAACUGGACCUUACGCCUACCACAUGGAGUCUUCAAUCGGAUACUUCCUUAUUGCGAAAACUUUCGACGCCGGAGCUAUUUGCGAAUUAUCCGAUAAAAUAGCACUUAUCCCAGCAUCCUACCUUUCUUUCUACCUGAAAAAAGAUUCGCAAUACAAGAAUCUGCUGAAAAUUAGCUUGAGGAAAAUGGAAGAGACAGGUCUCGUGCAUAGAUACCGCCUCAUUUGGGAAGAAAAGAAGCCUCCUUGCUUUUCAAACGCAAUUCUGUUAUCUGUUGGAUUGGAUCAAACUUUCAUAGCCUUCUUCGUACUGUUUGUUGGAUUGGCGAUUUCCGUAACGCUCUUAGUUUUCGAGAGAUGGUACUAUCAUCACCGAAAAUCGCCUAUGGAAAGGGCUAUACCAAAACCCUCAUUCGAUUAAAACUACUGGAAAUACAUGUAUGUAGUAGCACCAGUGCAACAAUACUAAAAUCACAGAGCAAUGUAAGGUAGUCCUCAGGAAGGAUUAUUGAUCACACUUUUUUAGUUUGGUGUUAUUGAAAUUUGAAAUCUAGUACGCUUUAAAAAAUAGGUCAAGUUUCACUAUACAGGAGGGCCGAGCUAUAAAAUUUUGAGGCUUAAAAUAGGGCUUUCAGUAAAGUUACAAAUAUUUUUCCCUAGGAACACCCCUUUUGUUUUCAAUAUGUUAUAGUAAG